AUGAGAGAACCCACUGGUGAUUCCCUGCCCCAAUGGAAUAUCAAAGAGUCUGUGGCGCGCAACGAGGCCGAGUUCUGGUGUUCUGUCCCUUGUCAAUCUUGUGUAUUUCCCUCAGUCAUUCAAAGAUCACAUGAACACAAAAGUAGACACAAAUACAACGCUGAUAAAGAGAAGGUUCUUCUGGUAAUAAUUUGUUCUUCAGUGUCUUGUCAGUGGUGGAAGAGAUACUCUGGAGCUGCUGCAGUGUGUCUGGGGCUGCUGUGUGUUCUCCUACUGGCUGGGAUCAUUGGCCUGUUUCUCUACCAGAGAAACCAAUUGACCAGUUCCAACACCCUGACCAAAGAGAGGGACCAGCUACAGACCUGUUCCAACACCCUGACCAAAGAGAGGGACCAGCUACAGACCUGUUCCAACACCCUGACCAAAGAGAGGGACCAGCUACAGACCAGUUACAACACCCUGACCAAAGAGAGAGACCAGCUACAGACCAGCUACAACACCCUGACCAAAGAGAGAGACCAGCUACAGACCAGCGGAAACAAUCUGACUGAAGAGAGAGACCAGCUACAGACUAGCAACAACACGCUGACCAAAGAGAGGGACCAAUUACAGACCAGUUACAACACCCUGACCAAAGAGAGAGACCAGCUACAGACCAGAUACAGCACCUUGACCAAAGAGAGAGACCAGCUACAGACCAGAUACAACACCCUGACGAAAGAGAGAGACCAGCUACAGACCAGUUACAACACCUUGACCAAAGAGAGAGACCAGAUACAGACCAGCUACAACACCCUGACCAAAGAGAGAGACCAGCUACAGACCAGCAACAAUACCCUGACCAAAGAGAGAGACCAGCUACAGAAAGAGACAGAACUGACUAAAGCAGGAAAUGUUCAACUUAUAGUGUGUCCUCGAGGAUGGAAGAAGCUUGGUAGCAGUUGUUAUUACGUCUCUACUGAGUACAAAUCCUGGGAGGAGAGCAGACAGGACUGCAGAAAUAGAGGAGCAGACCUGGUGGUCAUCAACAGCCAAGAACAACAGACCAUGGAUAUUGAUGAUCAUAUAUAUGCAAACGAAAGACCCAUCAAGUCCCAGAAGAAGGAUGGAGUUGGUGAUCAACAUUCAGUGUGGAAGAGACGUUUCCUAGCUGCUGCAGUGUGUCUGGGGCUGCUGUGUGUUCUCCUACUGGCUGGGAUCAUAGGCCUGUUUCUCUACCAGAGAAACCUAUUGAACAGUUACAACAACCUGACUGCAGAGAGAGACCAGCUACAGACCAGCUACAACAACCUGACCAAGGAGAGAGACCAGCUACAGACCUGUAAUAAAUAUGGCACAUGUCCCCAAGACUGGAUAAGGUCUUGCUGCAGUUGUUACUACAUCUCCACUAAUGAGAAAACGUGGGACGGGAGCAGAAAGGACUGUCAGGCGAGAGGAGCAAACCUGGUGAUCAUCAACAGCAGAGAGGAACAGGCUUUAAUCAAAGCAUUCAACAAAAGAGCCUGGUUUGGUCUGACGGACAUAGAAGUUGAGGGAACCUGGAGAUGGGUGGACGGCACACCACUGACCACAAGUUACUGGACCAAAGGGGAGCCAAAUGAUUUGCAAGAAGACUGCGCUUUGGUUGAUAACACUCAAAAUGACCCAGUAGUGGCUUGGAAUGAUGUGCCAUGUAACCACACAAAUAGUUGGAUCUGUGAAAGGCAGGUGUGUUAAGGCUAUCAAUAACAAUUAAUUUAGAGAAAAGCAUGACCCACAUUUAUAAAAUAAUGUUUUCUCUGACCA